AGGACUCCUCCCCCACACUGCGUAAUGGGUCUUAGUCGUGGUCGUCCCUCCUGCCCUCUCAUCAUCCCGCACUCUGCCUGCCACAAUCGACACAGUCCACCAUGAUUGAUCUGUUGGCUGACCAUUCCCGUCGUCCCUACCGGAAAAGUCUGAUUGCAGCAAGAUGCUUUCCUCGAACGGGCUAGCCCACGGCGCUACCUGCCACAACACCUCGCCCAACACACACACUCACACACCCAUCUUCAACCCACGCAACCCUCGCAACCCACGCUCGUCCUUAGCCCGUCGACGCGUCUGGCCAGCCCAUGCAGAUGGCCAUGGCCAUCGCCGUCGCCAUUGCUCAUCUGUCGGGCCGCCAGCGUGAGGCGUGAGGCACAUUUCAACUUGGGCCAGGGCCGACCAUUCCCACCUACGGAGAAAGACGUCGCUGUUCCCCGGCUGUGCAGCUGUCCAGCGUGGAGCUAGCUGUGUGCAAGAGCCCACGCAUGCGAGCUAUUGUUGCUGCGCUCCAGCUUGAGAGCCUGAAGCCUUGGCUCGGCGCCAGGUCUGCUGCACCGGUCCCCCAAUACGCAGAACAGGGCGAUCCCUUGCUGGAUGGCUACCCUCUCUCCUCAACUAGACGACGGGACGGAGACGUGGACAUGUCUGUUGCUAUUAUUACUAGACCACCAAGAGGGGCAUUGCCGCAUCUGCAUCUAACCGGGUACAUGUCACCCUACCCCAGCUUGCCCAUGUGGACAUUGCCUGCGCCGGCCACAGCAGACUGUGGACGUGGAGACCAGAUCAGUCCAGUCCAGUGCACAAGCCAGCAACGACAGCACGACAGCUUGAGGGGAUUGACUGGCAGCUGGUCGUGGUGGCAAGCCACGGCGUCCAUCCUCACACAAACGGGGACGGCAUGGAUGACAGGCCCAGUGGCAACCGCCAUCAAUGUGAGAAAUUAUGGAACCGAGGCACAGCAGUGAACACUGGACACAGGUCAACCGCAGAGCACCGGUUUCGCAUUCUGCUCUUGAGUCUUCUUCACACACUGCCCAGGCAGGCCAGGGUGCCAGGAUGCAAGCAUGCAAGGAUGCAAGGAUGCAAGGAUUCCAGGCCAUCCGAGCAGCUGGACCUCAGGACCUCUUGGGCGGUCCGCAUGGUCUCCCCGCUGGCCGACAGCGCCUGCUCCCGCAACCGCCCGUCCUCGCAGCUGCAAGCAAGGUAGGUCCAUGUCCCCGGACCCUACCGUGCCAGCCCGUGGUACGUUCUUCUCCCACCUGUGGGCUAACCACAAGAGACUGGCUGACUGGAUUGGCCUGCUGUGCUUCCGUCACCCUGCCUGCAGCUCCCUGUCUGCAUCAGCACGCGGCCUGUCGCUCGUUUCCUCUCUCUUCACCAGCACGCCUGCACGCCUGCACGCCUGCACGCGCGUGGUUCCUCGGUCUCGGUCCAUUCUCAAAGCUCCAUACCCUGCCCGAGGUACUUCAUCUUCGUCCGAGUACAAGGUUACAAAUCUACAAUGCCCUUGUGCUCCCCACGCCCGCCUUCAUAUACCCGUAUAUGCUCCCGCCUUUUUCCUUACUCACGUCCACAUGAACCAAAGCACUCAGCUGCAUCCUUCAAAAAGCUCCACUUCCAACAGAUAAGCUGCCCUUCACGGCUGCUCCACCCGCCUCGGUUUUCGACACACCCCGGAUCCAGUCUGUCUGACAGCUCAACUGGACCCCUUCCACUCAUCAGCGUCAACGUCACGCCGUGCGCCAAACCCCCCUGCUCGAGUCUGCCCAAGCACAAAGGGAGCGCAGCCACCUCAGACACUCACCAUCCAACCGCGCAUACUGCAGCCCCAGCCUUCGGCCCCCAGCGCCUCCCACCCCAUCUGGCAUAUUUGACGCCUAAAUUCCAAGCCUGUCAAUUCUCGAGUGCCGCCUAAAUCACUCAGGCGCCCAUGUCCGACCUGCAUCUGGGUCGCGAACGCAUUCGUGCCACAUAGCUCUUAUAAAGCAACCUCCACCCACCCUGAGGAUCAACAAGCGGCCCCCCUCCCCACUCUACCGCCAGAAAAGCGCACGUCGCAAUGACCCUAGACACACAUAGGAAAGGCUCCUCAGGGAGUUACGACUCUUACGACCGGAGGAGCAGUGAGUCUUACGGCUCGCGGUCAACAGCCCCCACCUCCCUCUACACAAAUUCACGGCCCUCGGAAAAGUACAGCAGACCCUACGUCCAAUAUGUCGAAGGUAGCCAGGACCUCUCCCCGGUCACGUCGACAUAUCCUCGGUCCUCUGUCGACACUUAUGCCUCGACCGAUGCCUCGGAAGAGGACCUGGCCUUGGAGCGGGAGGAAGACCUGGCCAGAGCCAGUGACUCCGACUACAUCCCACCUCUACCUGCCUACCGCCAUGAGAUAUCCGAACCAAACAUGCGCCCUUCAACACCAAAGAACUUCUCCCAGCUGUUUCCAAGCAUGAACCGGCUGUCGAUACGACAUGAUGACUUCACCACUGACGGAAACAUGAACCUGCGCGUCGACACCAUCGUGCCGAGCAAGAGGAGGACCGCCGUCCAGCUAUUCCACCUGCGCAUGUAUGACCUGGCAAGGCGAGAAUUCUCACUCCGCCGAUACUGCCGUGACUCGGGCCGAGAGGUCUGCAACUCGAAGCGCAAGUUUGUCGAGCCCGCCUCGGCGGCCAGGCCCUCCCUCCAACGGUCCAUGUCUAGUGCCGUGAAGGCAAUGACAAGACCCCAGUCCAAGCGCGUAUCUUCUGGUAGCUCCCUGUCCAAACACGAGAAGCGGCCCGGCACGUCGCAUUCCUACGAUGCGGACUUCGACACCGCAAGUGAGUACUCCCGUGCCUCAGACGGCGACCACAAGAGGCCCCAACCCACGAACUCCAUCAAGCUCGAGUUCAGCAACUACGCCCGUGUGGACGUGGAGCGGAAAGGCCAGAAGAGCAAGGACAACAAGCGCUACGAAUUCGACUGGUGGGGUCACAAGUACGUGUGGAAACGCGUCGUCGAGAAGCACCUCGACGGCGUUGUGUCCUUCCACCUCGUCCGCGACGGGGAGAACACUCCGGUCGCCCACAUUGUCCCAGAGACUCGCUCGCCAAACCAGGUCGAGGACGACGAGCGCUCGGGGGGCUGGGUCCCGCCCUGCUUCAUGUGGAUCAAUGAUCAGUCCAUCAUCGACGCCGUAACAGAUGUAGCCGACGUAAUCGUUGCUACUGGUCUCAUCGCGCUCGUUGAUGACUGUAUCAAGGAGCGCUGGCAGCCGAGGAAGACUCAUCAUAACCCUCGGGCCUUGAUGCAGCGCGUUUUCAGUCAACGGAGCCAAGAAAAUCGCCCAAAAAGCCCCUUGCGUAAUCACACAAUACAUGUUUAUUAGACGGCUUUCUUCUAUUCUUGUACCUCACCUCUUUCACCUUACUUCCUUUUAUCUAUUGAAAAGCGGCAUCACUGUAUAUCGAUACACAUGCAGAGGACAGGCAUCAUUAAGCGGUCACACAGCACCCACAGCAUCAUGGAGGAGUUUGGCAACGAGCGAUGGAUUGCUUUGGGAGGGUACAUACAACAUGAGCGGCUCACAGCACAAGGCUUGCUUGGUGUACUUGAGAGGGGAGGGGCGGAGCACGGUAACCGGUGUGAGUGAUCAUGUACAAAACAGUAAUACUGAAGGAUCUCUUGGGCUCUGGGCCCGCGAGGACGACGCCGUCUUCCUUCCUCCGGGGUUCACACGGCAUUUACUGAGACGAAUGACACGAUUCACAAACCACACACACUUUUUUGUUUUGACUCGUGACUAAUCCUGCCCUCAGCACACAAAGUUUGCAACAAAUGUUUGUUUGGCUUUUUCUUUUCCCGUCUGAUAUCUUGGCGAAAUAAGCUUCCAGUGAUACCCACGGUGUGAUUCUGGGUGAUGUGUCGGGAAACAUGUCUCCCCCCAUCGGCAGCCGAUCAUGCAUGCAUGCGGUCUUUGUUGAGUUGAGUUGAGUUUGUUGUUGUCACUCUGCCGUUCCGGUGUCGCAGCCGUGGAGCGAAGUUCGGUACGGUGUGUGCUUUGAGUGGACUGACGACUGACUGUGUGUGGAUAGAGGAAUUAGACCUUGGGAGCUCGCGGCGCGAGGUGGGAGGGGGGGUGGUUGGAUGGAUGGUGCUGCUGCUGCUGGUGGGAAUACCGCGGGGGAUAAGAGAGGGUGCCGAGGGGUUGGAUGGCUGGCAUGGCAGGCAGGCUGGAUCCCCGAUUUACUUUUUUCCUUUUGGGUGAUGCUACAUAAAUACUGUAC